CUCCCCAUAUAACAUAUUCACCGCUUCUUCUUCAAUUUCUUCUGAUGCCACGCUGCGAUUUCUGCUCCAUUCUUGCCAUCUAGAUCGGUGCAUAUCUCCGAUAUCAAACUGGGUCCGUUUUCAUUUUCGCUUUGCUCCGCAGUCUAUAACUUGUCUUUUGGUAGUCUUUCCAAUGAUUUUUGGCCUUUCUCGAUUCAGAGUCACUGAAAACUCUCCGUAUAGGCACUUGGGUUGGCCUAUUUGUGCUUUAUUUUUAACCAUCUAUACGUGUUCUUUUCUAAGAUUUUUGGUAUUUCUCGCUUCUGGGUCUCUGAAAGUUCCCACCAUUGGCCCUUGGGUCGGUCUCAAAGUACUGAAUUUUCGUCUUUACAGCCCUUCGCCCCCUUUUAGUCAUAUAUGCGAUGCUUUCCAAUGAUUAAGAGAAUGCCUGGUGCUUAUUGUUAUUACUAUUUCUUCAGAACCAGAAGAACAAUUACGACUUCUACUCUACCACUAGAUGUACAAAAUGAUUCCAUUUCAUCUGUUAGCUAUGACCACAAAUCUCUCUGUCUCACUUCAGUGGAGCAACUCAUUCAACGCGGCUCGUUAUCCUUGGCACAGAAGCUCGUUCAGCGAAUAAUUGCCCGUUCUUUGUCGUUUUCAGAUGCUGUUUUAGUUGUUCAUUACGCUGCUGUAAGGGGCUUGAAGAUUGAUUUAGGUAGUUACGGUGCACUCAUUAGGAAGCUGAUGAGCUUGGGUCAGCCACAGCUAGCUGAGGUGCUUUUCCGUGGCAGCAUUGUUGGCAGAGGUAUUGAUCCUGACUUUUCAAUUUUGAAUUCGAUGGUGAUUUGUUUCUGUAAGUUGGGGAAAAUAGAAGAGGCAAGAGCUCAACUUGAAAGGUUGCUUGCCAUGGGCCGUGUUCCUUGCAAAUCUGCUUCUAAUGCGUUGCUUCGGGAGUUUUGUGCCCAAGAUAGAAUUUUAGAAGGAUUCGAUUAUAUAGUUAGAAUUACUGAGGCUGGAGUUAUUCCAGGUUUUUGGUGUUUUAAUAAGUUGAUUGAUGGGCUAUGCUGCAAAGGGUAUAUGGACGAAGCUCUUGAAUUGUUUGAUAUAAUGCGUGGCAAAUGUGGGUGUCCGCCUACAGUCCAUCUGUACAAAUCUUUGUUUUAUGGUCUUUGUAAGAGAGGGCUUGUUGUGGAGGCGGAGACACUAUUAAGUGAAAUGGAGUCUCAGGGUCUUUAUAUAGACAGGACAAUGUAUACUUCUUUAAUUUAUCAAUAUUGCAAGGAUAAGAAAAUGAAAAUGGCAAUGCGGGUUUUGUUGAGAAUGCUGAAGACAGGUUGUGAGCCAGAUAAUUACACAUGUAAUACACUGAUUCAUGGGUUUGUGAAAUUGGGUUUGUUUGAUAAGGGGUGGGUCGUUUACAACCAGAUGGCAGAGUGGGGAAUGCAACCUGAUGUGGUAACUAAUCACAUUUUGAUCAGUCAGUACUGCAGGGAACAGAAGACUGAUUGUGCUUUGAUGCUUUUAAACAACCUGGUUAGUUGCAACAUGGCUCCCAGUGUUCACUGUUACACAGUUUUGAUGGCUGCACUGUACAAGGAGAAUAGGCUAAUGGAAAUUGAUGAGUUGCUCAAAAGCAUGCUGGGCAAUGGGGUCAUCCCUGAUCACGUUCUAUUUUUUGUUCUUAUGAAGAUUUAUCCGAAGGGACAUGAGCUUCAGCUGGCUUAUAUGAUUCUACAGGCAAUUGCCAAGAAUGGGUGUGGGUUCGACCCUUCCAUGUUCUCAUCCUCUGCCAGUCUGCAUACUACUAGUGGUUUGGAGCAAGAAAUUGAGAUCCUGCUCGAGGGAAUUGUGAGAAGUAACUUGAAUCUAGGUAAUGUAGCAUUUGGUGUUUUCAUCAGUGCUUUGUGUGAAGAAGGAAAGAUUGAUGAUGCUUUGCUUUACAUGGAUAAAAUGGUGAGAGUUGGAUGCAUGCCUCUGCCCUUUACUUACAACACUUUGAUCAAGUGUCUUUGCCAGGAGGGGCUUUAUGAUGAUGCGAAGUCCCUAAUUGAACUUAUGCAAGAUCGGGGGGUGGUCGCCGAUCAAGCAACUUAUUUGAUAAUAGUAAAUGAACAUUGCAAACGGGGUGAUCUGGUGUCUGCCUUUGAUAUUUUUGAGCAAAUGGAUGAGAGGGGACUGAGACAUAGUGUUGCCAUAUAUGACACUAUUAUUGCUUGUCUAAGUAGACAGAAAAGAAUUUUUGAAGCAGAGGAAAUGUUUAAGAGGAUGCUCGAGUCUGGUGUGGAUCCUGACGUGAUUGUUUAUACGACAAUGAUUAAUGGCUACUCCAAGAAUGGUAGAGCCAUUGAAGCCCACCAGUUGUUUGAUAAAAUGAUAGAGGAUUCCAUUAAGCCCAGUUCUUAUUCAUACACUGCACUUAUAAGUGGAUUGGUGAAGAGAAACAUGACUCAUAAGGGAUGCCUGUACCUUGAUAGGAUGUUGAGAGAUGGUCUUGAGCCCAAUAUCGUGCUGUAUACCUCGCUUAUUAAUCAUUUUUUGAAGAAAGGAGAGUUUGAAUUCGCCUUUAGGUUAGUUCAUCUGAUGGAACGAAACCAGUUUGAAAGCGACCUCAUUAUGUAUAUCUCACUGAUCAGUGGCAUUAGCAGAAACAUCAUUGGUACUAACAACUGGUCCAUUUUGAACAAAAGGUCAGAAAGGGAGAGAGAAAUGUUGUUUCAUUUGCUCCAUCAGAGAACUGUUAUGUGUAGUGAAGACAUUUUGAGAGUUUCCGCUAAUUCUCUUGAGGAAAUGAAAUGCUUUGCAGUGAAGCUGAUUGAGAAGCUUAAAGACAAUAGCUUUAUGCCAAACUUAUACCUAUACAAUGGUAUAAUCUCUGGAUUUUGCAGGGCAGAGCGGAUGCAGGAUGCCUAUGAUCAUUUUGAAAUGAUGCAAAGAGAGGGUAUACGUCCCAAUCAGGUUUCUUAUACCAUUCUCAUCGAUGGACAUAUCCAAUCUGGUGAUAUUAACAGUGCAAUAGGAUUGUUCAACAAGAUGAAUGCAGAUGGUUUUGCUCCUGACAGAAUUGCAUACAACACUUUACUGAGAGGCCUUUGUAAGGCUGGGAGACUGCUUGAUGCCUUGUCACUCUCAUAUACCAUGCGCAAGAGGGGGUUUCUUCUGAAUCGAGUUUCUUAUGAUUAUUUACUCAGAUGUUUUUGUGCCAAUGAUCUGAGUGUAUAUGCCAUCAAGAUAUUUGAAGAAAUGGUUGCUCAAAAUUAUUUACCCAGCCAGUUUAAUCGCAAAUGGUUGCUUUGCAUAUUGUGCGAGAAUAAUAAUUUGCAUGAAGCUAGUGUGGUAACUGAUAGAUGCUUCAAAGAUGGAAAUCUCCAGAAAAUGUGACAAGGAAGCCUCUUUGGAAACAUGCAUAAGGGAGGAGAAGUCAAUUUAGCCUUGAGUAAAGAAAUUUCCUAGUACAUGUUAAAAUAUAGUUUCUGAUUCAGUCAAACACAUUCAAAGGAAUGGUGGAAAUUCAUGUACUUCCUUCUAGUGACAAUGAGUCGUUUGCUGACUAGAAUCAGGUUUAACUAUGGGCAGAUAACGGUGCCCUGCAAUGCACACAAACACACACACAGGUUUCAGCUUCCCUUUCAGCUCUUGUAAGAUUCAGGAGCUUGUUGCAGUGCAACAAGAUUCUCUUACUAUAUCGAACCAACAUCCGAAAAGUAGUAGUUUGGUCAAGACUGUGGAGGUCUCAUAGGGUUCACAACAUUACCGUCGUGGUGGAGGUCAUUGCAGACUCCAUUGGUCAGACUGAUCGGAAUCUGUGCCACUAGUUUCUUUCUACUAAAUCAAACCAACAUAUGAAAAGAGGUUGUUGACCAACACUCUGCAGGAAAACACUUCGCGAGUACUCCUUCUGUCGUGGAUCCAGUUUUGUUUUUUUGGCUUGGUGAGUCAGACAUAAAAAUCAGAGAAAGGUCAGACUUCAGAGGCCUUUGGCUCGACGGAACUUCCACUUUCUUAUGGGAUGAUGUGGGACUUGAUUCACAGAUGGAAGAAGAUUCAUUGAGUUGUAAUGUUGGUACAACACAGAGGGGUAGCGGUGACUCUUUUUCUAUGCUAGUGGAUGUAGAAGAGCAUGACAGUCUUCCAACCCUUUUGUCCACAUGUACACAACACCCUACCCAGUUCGUCCCACCUUUACCCAAGAAUCCCAAAAAAACACCUAGCAAUCAAUCGGUGGUAUGUGAAUGGCACUUCAUCCAUGAUGCAUCACCUCCAUAAUGCAUGGGAAACCUCUCAUCUUAGAAUUAAAGGAGUUGGAAAAAGUCAAACCUCUAGUAUUAGGAGGGAUGUGAAGGGAAAAGUGUAGUCCACAAGGACUUGUGAAGUAUGAUGCAGAAAAACUUAGGAUGCCAACCGCUAAGUUUUUUAUUAGGUGUAAAUUGCCUUUUAGGCUUGUGGAGCACGAUGGGUUUAUUGAGUUUGUGGCUGAUUUGGCGUCUAAAUUUACAUUGUCAUCCCGAACCAAUUUACGAAGGGAUUGUGCUAAGCUGUAUAACGAAGAAAAUAUAUAGUUAAAAAAGUUGUUUGAUGGUCAAAUAAUUUGUCUUACCACCGAUACUUGGAUAUCGGUGCAAAAUAUGAACUACAUGUGCAUUUUCACACAUUUUCUUGAUUACAAUUGGAGAUUGUAUAAGAAAAUAUUCAAGUUUUUCCAAAUUUCUGACCAUAGGGGUGAAACUAUUGGGAGGAUGCUAGACUUGGGAUUGUAUGAAUGAGGUAUUAAUAAGAUUUUAACCAUCACAGUUGAUAAUGCCUCUUUUAAUGAUGUUGCCGUUGAUUACAUGAGGAGGAGAAUAAAGGGCAAUAAUUGUACGAUAUUGGGUGGUGAAUUUCUUUUUUUUUUGAUAAGUAAUCGAUAUUAUAUAAAUAGAGAUAGGCAA